CUAUAGAAAUAGAAUUUUCCAAGACGUCAUCAGGGCUUUUUUUUCCUGGCUACUUUCAUUCUUUUUCAUUCUCACUUCUUCAUUUUCUUGUCCUUUGUUCUUGCUUUAUCUUCAUAUACUGUCUGCCUCUCUUUAUUUUCUGUUCUUGCUUUACGUUCUUUUUUUGAAAUGGCAACCAAACCAUCUUCUGGUCUCAGACUCAAACUCGAGGAGCGACUCACCUGUCCUGUGUGUCUUGACCACUAUACCAACCCUAAGACUUUACCUUGUCUACAUUCAUUCUGUCAUCACUGUCUGGAGAGAUUACCAUUGGAUAAGAAAAAUGAGACCUAUUACCUCUCUUGUCCCACUUGUCGUCAUUGUAUAGAGUUACCAGAAGAAGGGAUAGGAGCCUUUCCUGUAGCAUUCCACCUCAACGACCUUAAAGAGAUGUACAGUCUAACAAAGAAGACAGCUGAUUUAUCAAAUCCUCAAGAGGCCACAUGUAGUGAUCAUGGAAAGCCUUUUGAGCUAUUCUGUGAAACAUGUAAUACAGUAAUCUGUGUUACCUGUCAAUUUCGUGAUCACAAGCAUCAUGAAUAUGACUUAAUCACUGACAGUUAUACUAAGCACUGUCAAAAGUUAAGAGAAUGUCUAUCACCAAUUGAGAGAAAGAAAGAAGCACUAAAGAAGGUCCUAUCUGCUGUAGCAGAGAGAGAGGGUGAGAUCAGAAAGAGAGGAGAAGGAGUAGUAGAAGAAAUACAGAAAAUGGUAGAGGAAAUGAUAAAUGUAAAAGUACAAGUAUAUGAUAUAUUCCUUGAGGAUACCUCAUUAGUCAUCCCUUUCAAUCCUUACCUUGAUAAAAUCACUCCAGUACAUAUUAUAACUGAGUUUGAGCAUCCCUGUGGAGUUGCUGUUACUGAUGAUAAUCAUAUUAUAAUAACUGAGAAUUGGAGUCAUUGUGUAACAAUACUGGAUAGAGAAGGAAAGAAAGUGAAAUCAUUAGGAGGGAAAGGAGGAAGUGGUAAUGUCAAGUUUUCUUCCCCUCGUGAUGUAGCUAUUACUCCAGACAAAUUUAUUCUUGUGUCUGAUAAUCAUAGCAUCCAGAAGAUAAGUAUGGAUGGACAACGAAAAGCAUCAGUUGGUAAGGAGGGCAGUGGACCACUACAAUUCAAUAGGCCUUAUGGUAUAGCCACUUCUCCUAUAACUGGACAGCUUUAUAUUGCUGACAGUAAUAAUCAUCGUAUACAAGUCUUGAAUCCUAAUCUAACUUUCUCUCAUUCAUUUGGUAGCAUAGGAUUAGCUAAUGGACAGUUUCAGUAUCCACAUGACGUUGCUUUUGAUAGUCAAGGAUUAGUAUAUGUUGCUGAUUUUGGCAAUCAUCGCAUUCAGAAGUUCUCUCCUGAUGGAAAGUUUGUGGGCUGGUUUGGAUUUGGUCCUGGACAGCUUAUUAGUCCAAAUGGUAUAACAAUAGACACUGCAGCUACUGGUCUAGCGUAUGUUAGUGAAUGGGGCAAUAAUCGUAUAUCAGUCUUCACUAGUGAUGGUGUGUUUGUUAGUAAGUUUGGAAGUGAAGGUAGUAAUAAUGAUCAGUUCAAUCAUCCUUAUGGAUUAACAUUUAAUGGAGACGGAUUCUUGUAUGUUUGUGAUUUUAAUAAUAGGCGACUUGUUGUUUAUUAAAUGAUCAAUGUGUAUUUUUCGCAAUUUUAAUAUUAUUUUAUGUUUAUGUCGUAUACAAGUCUUGAAUCCUUAUUUUUCCAUUUGAUAGUAAGAUGAUUUUGAU